AUGGCAUAUGAUUGGUAUAUUGCAAUUUGUAACUCUUUACAAUAUGAAAUGAUAAGGAAAGCCUCCACCAAAAUGAUUGGUGGCAUAUGGAUUGCCAGCUUUCUCAAUGCUUCAUUACAUACUAUUUUUACUUUUAUUACCUCUCUUUGUUCUAAUAUUAUUCAUCAGUUCUACUGUGAAUUCCCUUAUUUACUUAAGAUUGCCUGUCCAGGUAUAUAUGCAUCAGAAAUUGGAGCUAUAAUCUUCAGUACUAUGUUAACACUCAGUUGUUUUAUUUUUGUCCUUGUAAUUUAUGUGCAUGUCUGCUCAGCUGUUCUGAGAAUUCCUUUGGUUCAAGGAAGGAAAAAGGCCUUCUCCAUUUGUCUGCCACAUCUUAUUGUCUUCUCCCUAUUUGUGUUUACAGUUUUCUUUGCUUACCUAAGAGACAUAUCUGACAAUUCAUCCUACCUUGGCUACAUAAUUACAAUGCUAUAUUCCAUUAUUCCACCCAUGACUAAUCUAUUGAUUUACAGCAUGAGAAACAAGGACAUCAAACUUGCUAUUUCAAGACUUCUUAGUCAGAGAUUAUUUUAUUUUACAGAAGUAGGAACUGUGUACUUAUCUAUGUUUGCAUUUGAUCAGGAAGAGAAAAAUAUACAUGCAAUAUACAGUUGA